AUGACAUUGUCGUUGAGUCCAUUGACACCACCACCAGGCCCCACACCUACUGGUGGACCACCAGUUGUGAUCGCCACUCCGUCCAGUUCCAUAUUUACUAGCAGCACUACAAGCAGCUCUAGCUCAAGUUACGUAAACACGACUAACACAAGUUCCUCAAACUCGUCCCAGAAAGGGCUUAGCACUGGAGCGGGAGCUGGGCUAGCAGUUGGGAUAGUGUUUUUCUUGAUAUUAUCCGUACUGUUGUUCUACAAUUUGAAGGGACGAUACCAGAGAGCUCGGGAGCAAGCCGAUGACGAGCCUGCCUUUGUGACGAAGGAAGCCAGGCGAUACCUUCCCCCUCAAUCUGUUGCAUCCCGAGGGAGAAACCCUCUACUUCCAUCUUCAACUCGGUUGGAUACUGAGUAUCCGGCUUCAACUCAUAUCUCGAGUGCCGCUACUUUAGGGUCCCAUCAGAAUUCAUACCCUGUAUCUGCUCAGAACCGCCACAGCACGUUGUCGCGGGCGACAGGCCCUCAGCGAAUAGCUACGCAAGAUGUGCCUGAUCUCCCAAAUCCUCACGACCCAUUCUCAGCACCCGCUCGCCCUGCAUCAUACUAUUCUCGAGCACAUUCAAUACCCCAUAAUGCCUCCGCGAGUGCUGCAGUGAUGGCCAGCUUUGAUUUGCCAGCGGUCGGUACUUCACGCAACUCCCAGUCUGAACGCCAGCUUUCGGCGCUUCAUGCAGAUAUGGCUCGACAUCAGAAGGAACUCGAACUCGAAUACAAGAACCGGAGUAUUGACCAGGCUCAAGAGCUGCAGGAGCCUCCACCACAAUAUCCUUCUUGA